GUCGCAGAAGAGGCUGCCGGGAGCGGCGGCGACGGGAGCGCAGGAGAGGGAGGACCGUCCCGGUUUGGGGGGGCACUCCUCUCCCCAUCGCUGCGAGAACCGAGGCUCUGGAGGGAUGCCGCCCCCAUCGGACAUAGUCAAGGUGGCUGUAGAGUGGCCUGGGGCCAACGCGCAGCUGCUCGAAGUAGACCAGAAGCGCCCCCUGGUGUCCAUCAUCAAGGAAGUGUGUGAUGGGUGGUCUCUGCCCAACCCUGAAUACUACACCCUACGCUAUGCUGACGGGCCCCAGCUGUACAUAACGGAACAGACUCGCGGUGACAUCAAGAACGGGACCAUCCUGCAGUUGGCCGUUUCUCCGUCCAGGGCGGCCCGCCAGCUGAUGGAUCGGAUCCAGUCGCACAGCAUGGAGGCCCGGCUGGAGGCCAUGAAAGAGCUGGCGAAGCUCUCUGCCGAUGUGACCUUCGCCACCGAGUUCAUCAACAUGGACGGCAUCACUGUGCUGACUCGCCUGGUGGAGAGUGGCACCAAGCUCCUCUCCCACUACAGUGAGAUGCUGGCAUUCACCCUGACAGCCUUCCUGGAGCUCAUGGACCACGGCAUCGUCUCCUGGGAUAUGGUGUCCAUCACCUUCAUCAAACAGAUCGCCGGGUACGUGAGCCAGCCCACGGUGGACGUCUCCAUCCUGCAGCGCUCCCUGGCCAUCCUCGAGAGCGUGGUGCUGAACAGCCAGAGCCUUUACCAGAAGAUCGCCGAGGAGAUCACGGUGGGGCAGCUCAUCUCCCACUUGCAGGUCUCCAACCAGGAGAUCCAGACGUACGCCAUUGCCUUGAUCAACGCCCUCUUCCUGAAGGCACCGGAGGACAAGAGGCAGCAGGACAAGCUUCUUAACCCGCUAGACCUGCCCUGCACUGAGAUGGCGAACGCCUUUGCCCAGAAGCACCUGCGCUCCAUCAUCUUGACGCACGUCAUCCGAGGCAACCGGCCCAUCAAAACCGAGAUGGCCCAUCAGCUCUACGUGCUCCAGGUCUUGACCUUUAACCUCCUGGAAGAGCGCAUGAUGACCAAGAUGGACCCUAGUGACCAGGCUCAAAGGGACAUCAUUUUUGAGCUGCGAAGGAUCGCCUUCGAUGCAGAGUCCGAGAGCAACAGCAUCCCUGGCGGUGGUGGGGCAGAGAAGCGCAGAGCCAUGUACACCAAGGACUACAAGAUGCUCGGCUUCACGAACCAUCUCAACCCUGCGCUGGACUUCACCCAGACCCCGCCCGGCAUGCUGGCCUUGGACAACAUGCUGUACCUGGCCAAGUGUCAUCAGGACACCUAUGUGCGGAUCGUCCUGGAGAACAGCAGCCGAGAGGACAAGCACGAGUGUCCCUUUGGACGCAGUGCCAUCGAGCUCACCAAGAUGCUGUGCGAGAUCCUGCAGGUCGGAGAACUUCCCAACGAGGGCCGGAAUGACUACCACCCCAUGUUCUUCACCCACGACCGCGCCUUUGAGGAGCUCUUUGCCAUCUGCAUCCAGCUGCUCAACAAGACCUGGAAGGAGAUGCGAGCCACAGCUGAGGAUUUCAACAAGGUGAUGCAGGUGGUGCGGGAGCAGAUCACCCGGGCGCUGCCCUGCAAGCCCAACUCCCUGGACCAGUUCAAGAGCAAGCUGCGCAGCCUGAGCUACUCAGAGAUCCUGCGCUUGCGCCAGUCUGAGCGGAUGAGCCAGGAUGACUUCCACUCCCCGCCCAUCGUGGAGCUGCGGGAGAAGAUCCAGCCAGAGAUCCUGGAGCUCAUCAAGCAGCAGCGUCUGAACCGCCUCUGCGAAGGGAGCAGCUUCCGCAAGAUCGGCAAUCGGAGGAGGCAAGAGCGCUUCUGGUACUGCCGCCUGGCCCUGAACCACAAGAUGCUGCACUAUGGUGACCUGGAGGACAACGCCCAGGGAGAAGUGACCUUCGAGUCGCUGCAGGAGAAGAUCCCUGUUGCCGACAUCAAGGCCGUUGUCACUGGGAAAGACUGUCCCCACAUGAAAGAGAAGGGAGCGCUGAAGCAAAACAAGGAGGCGCUAGAGUUGGCCUUCUCCAUCCUGUAUGACCCAGAUGAGACCCUGAACUUCAUUGCACCCAAUAAAUAUGAGUACUGCAUCUGGAUUGAUGGCCUCAACGCGCUCCUGGGGAAAGACAUGGGCAGCGACCUGAGCAAGAGCGACCUGGACACCCUGCUGAGCAUGGAGAUGAAGCUGCGCUUGUUGGACCUGGAGAACAUCCAGAUCCCAGAGGUGCCUCCGCCCGUCCCCAAGGAGCCCAGCAGCUACGAUUUUGUCUAUCAUUACGGUUGACACUGGUGAGGCUGGGCAGAGCAGCGCUGGCGGCGGCGGCCCCCUCCUCUCGGAGAGCCUUCAGCCCCUCGUGCAUGUGGAGGACUUCCGUUGGCCGCUCUGCUCUCUCUUGCCUGCGAGGGGGAGGCCUUUCCCCUUUGGACUGCAGGAGGGAACCCUGCUGUACGUUCUCAUUUCGUUUUGCCAUCUGACUCCUCCCUGCUCCGGCAUCGUGACCCCCCCGCCCUUGCAGGAAGAAGGGGUGGGGUGUACAUGGCCUUGCAACCCCUUUAGGAAGAACUGGCUCCUGGAAGACGGGCCCCCCGAGGCAGGCUUAGUGCUCCCCUUACCACAGAGGAAUGUGGCCUCUCCUGUGGCUCCGUGGCAAAGCAGUCCACGCUAUGUCUUUGGUAGCCCCUGCUGAGCUGUGCUUAGCUGGAGAGGCGUCAUCCGUGGCCACCCUUGCUUCUUCCUGCAGGGUGGGGCUAGCAGUGGAGGCCUAUUAACCGUGGCCUCGUGGAACUGCCAUGUCCUGGAGCCCUCCCCUGGAAGCAUGCAUGGCUCCCUUCUGUGGGCUCGCAGAGGCCACAGGCUCAGUGGCUGGGUACACCCAGUGGGGUGGGCUGACUGCACUGGCUGUGGACGCUGAAGCUGUGGACCUGGCCUUUGUGGAUACUUUUGUCACCCGUCCAGCCUGCCCCAUAUGACAGGCAUGGAGGCGAUCCCUCCUCUGUGUUCCCAUGGCAAGGAAAGAUGGCUUCCCUGCCCGCCGCUGCUGCUGCUGUGCCAACUGCUUGCUCUUGGGGGCAGGUGGCCUGUAGUCUCUGCUUCAGCUGUAGGGCUUUAUGGACAGGCUGGACCUGGCUCAUGCCGCCCGCCCCCCCCCCCCCAAUCUUUGCAUUAAAGGCUCUUUUCCUCUUU